AUGGCGCGCGUCAAACACCCGCCAUCCCGCGGAGCUGCGGGGGCCGCGCAUCGCCAGCAGCAGCAGCGGCAGCAGCAGCAGCAGCAGCAGCAGCAAGAGUCGCAGCACACAGAAGCAUCUAUGCAUCUAGCUGCUGGCAGCAGACCACGGGGGGCCCCCGGGGGCCCCCCAGGCCGCCGCCAGAGAGCUCACCCUGGGGUCAAAGCCUUGAAGGAGAUACGCAAGUAUCGAAACACUACGGAGUUGCUGAUCCCUCGCUCUCCCUUCUUUCGUCUUGUCCGUGAAGUGGCACAAAAAUUCACUCCGCCGUAUGCGGGGAUGUACAGGUGA